GGCGUGCAUGGGUCUAUGAUUCUACAUUUUUGUUCUCAGGCGAACCCGCAUCGAACUGAGGAGCCAGCAGGAGCCAUAAUCUUCACUUCACUUCUCUUCUCUUGACUCUUGACCACUAUCACCACCCACAGCCAUCACUUCUUCUCAGCAUUCCACUGCACUACACGGCCUGGUACACCGCAUUACUGAGGACGUUGGUCAACAACCAUUCUAGCUAUCAACUGUCUGCAACCUUUCAUUGCGAUCGCUGCGACUGCAAAGCCGCGACAACUGCGUCCUUCUCGUAUUUAUUUUACCUUACUCUCCUCGCUCUUCCUCUUUCUUGUAUGUCCACAUAGGAACAGCUUCCGCUCCGGUGCUUUGUCUCGCCUGCCAGCGCGUGCGGCCUGGAGAUCCCGUCUGCCAUGAGUCGAUUUCAUAGCCACUGAGAAUCGUUCAUCCUGUCUCUUUCAACUUGCGGUCGACCGCUGUUGCGGGUAUUUCGUAGGAUACCUCGUAACGAGAUAUGGCUUUACAAUAACACAUGUGCGGGCCGGGUGGCCAGGCGUUGCUUCUCCUCUCAGGAUCGAUGCUAUUGGUGGCCUGGGAGGAAGUGGGGGCAGCGGAGGAGGUGUACGAAUACCUUGGAUCCGAUGGGGAGCCGGAUUGUGCGGCAUUAUGGCAGUCAAGCUGCUGAGAGAAAGGUGUACGAUGCGCCGAAUGAGAGCCUGUUGGUGGAUGAUGUUUUGAACUCGGUGGGAAAAAGUGACGGACCAGGUGCUUUGGAAUAUCAUUUGGAACGUGCUACGACGGAGCGGAAUAACAAGCACAUUUUGGACGAGGACCUUAAAAAAGCCGUGGAUGAUCGUUGUCCCGCAGAUGUGCAGAUACAGGGAGUCACCGAGGACUGGGUAGCUGGGCAAGGCGAGAGACAAGAUGGCAAUUCUAUUCACUUAGCAAAUCCAGACGAGGGCACUGCAUCAACAACUAUGGAGGAUGGCGAGCUGUUGGAAGGAGAGACGUCAUGCGUACAAUUUAUAGACUCAGAAAGUACCUCCUCUGCCACGGCUUGGAAAUCAGGUGCACAGGACGAGUGGCGGGAGCCUGAUGAAGAACCCGAUGCAGAAAAUCGGGAGGGUUUUCAAGAGUACGAGAGCGAUCUGGUAGAAACACGCGAGGAUGCAGAUUUACUAAGGGCGUCAAACAGAAGAGCCUUGAUCAAGGGUGUGUGCUUCGAGGAGUUGCGGGCACACGUCGAUCCGGCAUUGCAGCCAGACGCUGAGGAAGAGCCUGUCAAUCGUACCAUCCAUAUUUUGGGCUUGGGUGCCGCUGGGAAGUAUAUAGCUCACUCCCUCGCUGGACUUCCAUUCCCACCGCCCAUUACAUUGUUGAUGCAUCGACCUUUAAUGAUGCAGCACUGGCACGACGAGGGAGCUGCUAUUAAUGUCAUCAAGGGUGGAAGGAUCAAAACGCAGUCUAACUUUCACAUCGAAUCCUCAGCCGAUUUCGUACGAGAGGACUCGGGACAAAAGUUUCCAGGAUUUGGUCCAAGGCUUGAGCAUACUUCAGAACCUCCCAACUACCCAAUAGAUGCUUUGAUUGUUACAACGGAGGCAUACAGGACAGUUUCGGCACUGACGGCAAUCAAGCACCGUCUUGGAAGAAGCUCGACCAUAUUCAUUCUCAAUAAUGGUCUUGGUCUUGUGGAGAGAAUCAACGAGAAAGUCUUCCCAGACUCCAAGACCCGACCAACGUAUAUCCUUGGCAAUAUGAGCCACAAGUUGGAGUCAACAGAGCUUCACUUCACCCUCAUAGAGAAGAAUCCCGGGCGACUUGAAUGCUCCAAAUUUCCCCACGUGUCGGUCUCUAGACGAGAAACUUAUGGACCAACACUUACGCGAAAGGACUUCAGUUGGACUGCUCCUGCAAGCCACCUCGUGGGAAGUUUGGCUAGGACACCUGAAUUCAGCACUUUCGCUGUCGGUCACAAGAGUUUCUACGAGUCCCAGUUGCAGAACCUCGCUGCUGGGGCUGUCAUCGGGCCCCUCUCCGUUGCUUUCGAUUGUACGAAUGAUCUUCUUCUCUACAAUUACAGCGCUUCUCAGGCUAUGAAGCUCCUGUUGCGUGAGAUCUCUCGGGUUAUUCGUUCGCUGCCAGAAAUGCAGUCAUUACCCAAUCUUGAACAGACUUUUAGCGCCAGGAGAUUAGAGGCCAUCGUCGUGUCUAGGAUAUCAAAGACCGGGAAGAAUUACUCAGCAAUGUUACAGAGCGUACGAGCUGGGAACAAGACUGAUAUCGAUUACUACAACGGGUACAUUGAGCGUCGGGCAAGGGAAUUGGGUAUUGAUACGCCGAGAAAUCAGAUGAUGCUCUAUUUGGUGAAGGGCAAGAGCGCAGCCAGGAGCAGGGAGCUGAAUAAUUAUAUACCAUUCGAGGACGACUAUUAGUGGUCGGGAGCAUAUAAGUGGCGGAGGAAGAGACUCGCGUGUAAUUUUGAUCUGUAUAGUACAUUUGAAGUGAGGCGAGGGGCGUUAUGAUAGAUAUGUUGCAGCAUAGAGCAAUGAAAUGUACAGCUAACACUCUA